AUGUACUGUUAUGUCUCGGAGGUGAAACUUGUGUCAUUGCCUCCGAUUCUGUGUGUCCACUUGAAAAGAUUCAGAAACGAUGAUGGCUUCACCAAGAAACUCUACGACAAAGUCACCUUCCCUGAAACGUUUAGCACUGCCAUUUUUGCUGCAGGACAAUCAGAAAAUGCUGAUUGUCUCAAGGCUGAUGAGCAUUACAGUCUCUAUGCAGUAGUAGUGCAUAUGGGAAGUACCAUGUCUGGUCACUACACUGCUUUCAUCAGUUCAAAUCAGGACUGGUAUUACGCUGAUGACAGCUGCGUGCAACCAUCCACAUGGGAAAAGGUGCAGGGCACAUAUGGAGGGUACCGUCAGCGCAGUGGAGAGACAGCCUACCUGCUUCUGUAUAGGAAGAAGAGCUGGAAUUCAUCUGGAUAACUGUUGGGAACAUGCACUGCAGCACUUGAUGAACACUAGAUGAAUUAAUGCAGAGAAUAUUCCAAGAACAGGACUGAAGUCUAUUUAUAUUUUGGGUAUAAUAUGAAGAGGGGUGUUUAAGAAUGUAAAUCAGUAUAUGUUGAUUGGGGUUUAUAUAGGACAGUAUUUUGGAUAGGAUUAUGCUAUUUUGCCAGUGCAUAUUUUGUGGAGUUUAUGGAUA